AUGGCGUCGCCUGAGGUAGCAAUGCUAGAGGCAUUGGUGCCAGGAUACGCCUUCUUCUCUCGUUUCGUUCUAUCCUAUCUUCAUAUCGACCUCGGGGCCUACCUGCAGCACCUCAUGUUAUUAGCUUUAUUUGGAGUAUCGGUCAAAUAUGUGACUAAAUAUGUGUCCGACUUUGUGAUGGAGUACCUCGUCUCCACGGCUGAGAUUCGUCUUGAUGAUGAGAUUUUCAACUACUUCAUGUACUGGAUCUCCCGACAGCCGCACAUGAAACAGACCAAUCGUUUUGUGGUCGGACUUAAAUCCAACGGCUACUGGAGCGAUUCCGAGGACAGCGAUGAUGAGGAUAAUUUUGACGCCGACUAUGAAGUGGAUGAGCCUGGAAGCUCCUCGACGGCGGACUCGUUCGAUGAUUACUGGGCCAAGGUGAUUCGGCGCGAUAAAUAUAAGCCCCUUCGCAUCACCCCAGCAGAGGGUCGCCAUUACAUUUGGUAUCAAGGCCGACCUCUGGUGAUCCAGCGCCGGUAUGAGUCGAGCAGCGCUUCGCGUUACGUCCUGCACAACGAGCGUCUCUACAUCUCAUGCCUCGGUCGCGAUCCCUCCAUUAUCCGUAGCGUGCUCAAUGAGGCGCAGAAUGCCUACGUCCAACGAGAUGGAGUUCGUACCAUCAUUCACCGUGGUAUGAGACCUUACUCCGGUGCCUCGUACCAGUGGUGCCGCUGCAUGGCGCGGUCCCCACGGCCUAUGUCGACGGUCGUGCUAGACCAGACACAGAAAGAUGCUUUCAUCAAAGAUGUCAAGGAAUAUCUCCACCCCCGCACCCGUCGAUGGUAUUCUAAUCGUGGUAUCCCAUACCGACGUGGCUAUCUUCUUCACGGUCCACCUGGCACUGGUAAGACGAGUCUUUGCUUUGCGGCAGCCGGCCUGCUCGGACUCAAGCUUUAUCUUCUCAACCUGAAUUCCAAGGCACUUGACGAGGAUGGUCUCUCGACCUUGUUUUCCGAGCUGCCCAAGCGAUGUAUUGUUCUGCUUGAAGAUGUUGACACCGCGGGCAUUACGCAGACCCGAGGCAAGACGAUCGUGGAGGGUUCUGCCCUGACCAGCUUCCCCGUUGAGGAGGAUGCUCUGGAUGAGAAAGGGCCCCAAGACCCCCAGACAGGCGGAGUCACCCUCUCUGGCCUGCUCAAUGUGAUCGAUGGUGUCGCUGCAAGUGAAGGCCGCAUUCUCGUAAUGACUUCCAACCACCCCGAGAAGCUGGAUGCCGCCUUGGUGCGACCCGGUCGUGUCGAUAUGACCAUUGCUUUCGGAUACACUAGCGAAGCUGCGAUUGAAGAAUUGUUCACCUCGAUCUACAUGACAAUGGACGGCGAUCUUCCUCGGAAAGCGCCUGCUUCGUCGCGUGCUCCCACCGAGGAGAAGGAGGCUCACGACCCGACGCUGGACAGACACCGAGAGCAGGAUGCCAAAAUGGAGAUGGCACUUCAUGACCGCAUUCAAACUGUGCAGUCCCGGAUUCCUGAUUUGGCAAAAGAAUUUGCAGCAAGCAUCCCCAAGCAUGAGUUCACUGCUGCUGAAAUCCAAGGCUACCUCUUGAACCAUAAGACCACCCCUGAGGAGGCAAUCAAGGGAGCUGAUGAGUGGGUUCGCGAAACGCGCGCGAAGAAGAGAGCACGCGAGGAAACCCAGCAAAAUAAUGCGUAA